CGACAACUCUCCAUACUUCGCCGCCCGUUUUGCCUUUCAGCACCACGUAUAGGACUCCAUCUCUUUUUCCUUUCUGGAACAUGGCUUGGCCGUACCCGUGAAUGCUCUUGAAUUCGAUUUGCAUCGCUCAGGUGCCACCGAAAACCAAAAUUACACCAUGUCCGAUCCCAAGAGUAUCUCCGUCAUUGCGGAAGGAGGGGACCUAAUCCUUGAACUCGGCCAAGAGGAAGGCAGCAUACACUUCCCUUUCCGAGUGGACUCCAAAGUCCUUCAACAGCAGUCUCGAUACUUCUCCAAUCUUCUGAGCGACCGUUUCAGCGAGGGCCGAGCACUACUAGCCGGACUGGAAGCAUUAAAGCGUGCGGGACACUCCAACGUUACAGACGCUCCGGUAGACGAGCUGCCCAGGAUAUCAAUCACCCACGUGGGUCGCAUAUCGAAAGUCUCGACGGUACAGAAUCUGUGUGCGGAUUUCCUCCGAACUCUCCAUGGACAGGACUUGCCGACCCUGCCACCCGUGGCCAAUCUCGCGAACCUCGCUGUUCUUGCCGAUCGAUUCGAUGCCCUCCCAUAUUUCUCCCGAUUAGCGCAACGGAAACGGUACAUGCAGACCAUCGAUGCGAAGACGAAGGGGAAAUCAAACAUAAAUAUUGCAGAGGAGCGAGUCCGUCAGAAGUUGCUUAUUGGGCUAUUAUUGGACUAUCCGAUAUGGGUGACUAAAUACUCCAAGCAUUUGAUAAUGCGUGAUUCCGUGCAAUGGAAGGCAGACGCAGAGCUGAGCGAAACCGCUGCGUUAUGGUGGGACAUGCCGAAUGGCGUAGAAGACGAAAUGAUCCAAAGGCGAGAGUAUAUCCUUGAGACCAUAAAUUCUCUUCAAGCACAUUUCCUGAAACUCUACACAUCGGGGGAGAGGCAAUGCAAGUUAGGCUACGAUUCGUCCCUGCAAUGCGAUUCCUUUCAGUUGGGCGAGAUGAUCCGUUUCUUCUCGAAAAUCGGUACACUUCGUUUACAAGGUCUGAUUUACGAUGAUGUAGAUCCCACGCAAUACUCUGGCGACAUUGACAGACUUCUCGACAAUCUCCGUCACGCAUCGCCGUACCAGAUCGACCGCAACCAUGCUCAUUGCGGUCUUCGGACUCGAUUGAUACCUAUCCUCGACAUGUUGCAUCAAAUGCUCUGCUUGGAUGCAGGCAGUAUUGACAUAGGCAUGUGCGCGGACUGCUGGAGCAACAAUAGGCCGUCGUAUGCCUGGUCGUUGGCAAAGAGACCAGUGCUAUGGGUUCAGAACCGGGCAAUAUUGACCGGAAGCAGAUCCGCAAGCUCUUCGGUGAAGAGCGGCCAUCACCGAACACCUAGCAGCUGCCUGACUAGGCACAACGUCGUGCGGGACUUGUUCAUGGCGGUGGAAAAGGACUGGACGGCGGAGAGUGGGCGGGUCGAACCGCUUCCCAUGGGGCAGUUGAGUCUGGGUAAGGUCUCCAAAGCGGCCUGGUGAGUCCUUUCUCUCUCGGCACUCUGCAUAAGCUGUAGAUGGACUAGUAAGCAAAGUAUGGUACGGAGUGUAGAUCCGUAUAUGUACGGGGCUGGCAGGCUGGCCUGUGCCUAGCGCGGCUCCCCUCCGCUAUCGAAUACCGGUGCAGGGCACUCAGCCCUACCAGGCUCUUGAGCAUACUGUAGACAUUGUAGACUAGAAUCAAGAACCAUUCUCUUUGUUCGCC